CUCUUUCUUUCUUUCUCUUUUUUUUCCCUUUUCUAUUUCUUUACAGUUGUAUUUAAUAAUAAACAAGUUAUUAUAUAAUGAAUUGUGAAUAUUGCCAUGUUGCAAGUCGUAAAUUCUACUGUGUAGAUUGCAUUGAAGAAAAAUUAGCAGAGCAUAAACAAGAAAAAGAACUUGCUACGAAUGAAAAGAAUCAUGUUGUCCAACAAGCAACAUUAUUUCUUAAUCGUGCCAGUGUGAUUCAAGCACUUUUAGCAAAGAAAAAUAAGUUAUGCAUGGGCUUACAAACAAUACAAACACAACAGGUUCAACUUACAAAAGAGAUUCACUCAAAAACAACACGGAUAUCCGAUUUAAAGCGGACUAUAGAGGCUAAAAGACGCGCAUUAGACCUGGCUGAGGCUAGAUAUAAGAAUAGUAUAGCACGGUUAAAAGAAAAGAACAAUAUAGACAUGAUAAGAUCUUGGCAACGUCUGCACAAGAUGACAGUAGGGACAAGAAGGAUCUUAGUCAAGGAAGUAGCGUCUUUAUUUGAACUAAAACCAGGCGUGAUUGAGGAAACUGUAGCACCAACAACACCUAUAGAGGAUGAUAGAGCACCAUUUAGUAAAAGGCCGAUGAGCUUGUUAAAUAAAGAGGAUUUGUAUAUAUGCGGCGUAACUUUACCAACUAAGCUCAUUGAUGUAUCCAAAUAUCCAAAAGAAGAACUAAAUGCUCCAAUAAACCUGGUUACGCAUAUGCUACGCUUAAUCGUUCACUACCUGGGCAUCAAAUUACCCUUCAUGAUUUUCCAAAAGGGAAUUCAUUCCUAUAUCCGUAUUGCGACGCCAAAUGCAAAACUAUGGCACAACAACAACAAGAUGCCUCUAUUCUUGGAUGAUGAAGAUAGAAAUUUUCGACGAUUCGUGAUUGGCAUGGCUAUGCUAAAUUAUGAUAUUGCUUAUUUAUGUUAUACCCAAGGAAUAGAAAUAUCACUUAGUCAAGUAGCAAACACACUACAAGGUUUAAUGGCUUGCUGUUAUUCAUCUAAACUUGGCAUGCAAUCGCAUGCCAUUGUAUACAAAGGCAUAAGAGAUCUAGAAUUCCCUGUAGAGUUUCAGCAAGUGCUCAGAAUGACUGCACUACGAUACAGGUCACAGCACGCAAUCGAUCGAUCCUCAGAUCAAUUAGACGAUUUAUUGCUCUACUUGGACAGUGAUGAAGAGAUGGAAAAUGAUGAUAAAGAAAAGAUGGACAAGACAGAAUCCAGUCCUGCGAUAGAACAAAGCGAGCAUUGGAAUCUGGUGGACGUCAUGCCAUCAUUUCGUCUUACGUAAAUACCCCACGAAAAACACUGCUUUUUCUUAAAAUGAAGCCAUAUUUCUUUUCCUCUUCUUUGAACCACAUCUACUACUAUCGGCCUUUAUCUUCUUUGUAUUUCUAAAUGAAAAUUUGAUGCAAGUUGCUCUUCAUAAUUACUACUCAACACAACUUCUUUAUAAAGCUCUUCUA